AUUUUAUUCAUCACUUCUUUUUUUACAAAAAUAAAAAGAAAGAAAGAUAACCAUGGUUCUUAAAAGUUCCUUGUCCUUCUUUUCCAACACGAUGUUUGAUUUUAAUAUGCAUUUAUCUUUUUUUAAUCCCUUUUCUUGGGGAAGGGUUUUCUUUUGAAUUGGUCCAUCGCGACCAUAGCAAAUCUCCGAGUUACGAACCCUCGAAAUCUCAUUAUGAAAGGCAACAUGAUGCAUUUCUUCGUUCAUUUUCUAGGAAAAAUUUUUUCAAGGCACAAGUUACGGGUUCGAUGGAAAAAACCAACAAUGCAAAUGGAGGAUCAAAAGGACAAUCGAGUCAUCCAUAACCAACGUGGCUGGGGAAUACUUGAUAGAAGUCUCUAUCGGAACUCCUCCAUUCACUUUCAUGGCAAUCGUUGACUCCGGCUCUGAUCUAACAUGGACUCAAUUCGAGCCUUGUGCUCAAAGUUACAAGCAAGACACCCUGCUCUUUAACCCUGCAAAAAGUUCAUCUUACAGAAAGUUACGUUGCAACACAACGCUAUGUUCUGAGGCUCGUGAAUGGAAUUGCGACAAGGAACACUCUUGCACAUAUAAGUACUCCUACGUGGAUGGUUCCUUCACUGUAGGCAAUCUUGCUAAUGAAACAUUCACUUUUGGAACAAAUUCUGGAAAGAAAACUUCUAUCCCAACAUUGCUUUUCGAUGCGGGAGUUAGUAUUACUCAAUGGGGAAUAGAAAGUGGUGUGGGUUCUGCAAAUAAUGCUACUAAAAAAACAAAGAUAAUCAACGUGAAUAAAAUAAGUUCUAAUGGUGAUACUGCCGCUGCAGCUGGCCCUAAAAAGGGUGUUAACAUCAUCAUCGAUUCUGGUGUGAAGUUGACUUUUCUUCCUAGACAAUUGGCUACAGAUUUGGAGGCGACUCUGUGCGAAUCUAUUAUUGGCACAAUCUCACCAGAUCCACAAGGACUUUUUAAUCUAUGUUAUAAAACCGGGAAAGGCACGACCUUCCCAGAUAUUGUUGCCCACUUCACUGGCGCUUAUAUCAUCUUACCUACGUUCAAUACAUUCUUGCAAGUCAGUGAUGACUUAAUAUGCUUCACAUUGCUUGGUACUGAUGAUCUUCCAAUCUUUGGGAACUUGUCGCAAGGGGAUUACCUCAUUGGAUAUAAUCUAGUGAAUGGCACGGUUUAUUUUAAACAAAUUGGUUGCUCCAAAGUAAUCUGA